AUGGCCAGCCUCCGCUGGCGAGGGGCAGCGGGGAGGAGAAGGUCCUCUGUUCCCAGCGAGCUCCUGCGUGACACAGCGAAUGCAGUUUCGGCUGGCUCCCUCACGUCUCCCAGCUCGCCUCAGACAGGCCGGGGCCUAGGCCGCCAGGCGGCUACACUGCGCCUGGGCCUCUCCCCGAGGACUGACGGCAAGCGACACGGCGGACUUGCGCCACCCUCCCCACGCACAAAGGAGACGAGGAGGACACGGCCCCCGCCCUCCUUUAAACUCCUAGGAUUUCUUGAUGUUCAAAGUGUCCCAUGUUCACGAGAAUCCGUACUCUAUGGCUCCGUGGGAUCUUUAGUUGUGGGUCUUGGACAUUUUUUAGCAACUAGUAGAGUUAGAAGAUCUUGUGACUUUGCAGUCGGUGGCUUUAUUUGCACAAUGUUAGGAUACUGGUUUUACUGCAGGUACAAUUUGGCGCAACACAGGAUCCGGCAAAGAAUGCUUAAAGAAGGAAUGAGAAACAAAAUUUUAUUUGAAGGCAGUUCUCUUGAUCCAGAAAGAAAACAAACUGGCAAUGAAAGAGGCGAUUCAUAGUCUGCUGUAGAGGAAUCCGUGGUCUAAUAGAGAUUUGGGAGAAGGUGGUCCAAAAAUGGCAGUCUUCCCUGUAAAUGUGUGAGGUGCCUAAAAAUCAUGUUGGUUUUCCUAGCAAAUCCAAGCGAGAAAUUCAUAGUGAAUCUGUUAUGUCGGUGUACAAGCCUUUCUUUGUUUCAUGUAUGUAUGUAUAUGACUAUGUACACAGUUAAGAAUGACC